CGAGUUAGGCCCUGUGAAUAUAUGAAUACUACCCAGGCAGCUACUGUGUAUAAUGCAACACUGUAAUAUGUUUUUUAUUGUCAGAGAAUAAGGAAGGAAGGAAGGUAGGAUUCAUUUUCUGAAUAUGUCUGUUUUAUUUAUGGAGAAGAUUUAAAUAUUCAUAGCCUCUCCUGUAAGACAGCGCUGAUGGCAUACUGGCACUGGACUGAUAUAGCGUUUCCAUUAUCUUUUGGGUUUCAUGCUGUCAGAACAGAACCGCUAUCCUUCUACACUACUACGCAACACACCCUUCUUGUAAAUGAAAAUUGAAUAAAUGAAGACUACCGCUAUUCUAUUGGGGAUACUAUGUAAUUCACAAUCAACAGAAGCAAGCGCUCUCAUCCUGGCGGUUAGCUAGCGUUAGCUACGAAGCUAGGUCACUUGGACAAUCCUUUCAACUUGCCUGCUGACAGGUUAGCUUAGGACAGCUAACUUCGCUAUGUGAUCUCACUAAGCCAGGAAAGUGGCGAUACAGAAACUACCUGCAACUCUCUGCUGUUGCAGGUCGCUCUCAUGUGCCCAUGGAGAAGGCAGCCUUUGAGGGGUGGCUGGAGUCAGUCUCUGCCACUUUCCUUACUCUGAACGACCAGCAGCGCAACCAUUCUCUGGACCACCUCAUCUCUCUCAGCGGUGCUGUGCAGCUCCGUCAUCUGUCUAAUGGACUGGAGACUCUGCUAAAGCGCGACUUCCUGCGCCUCCUUCCCCUGGAGCUGGCCUUCUACCUGAUCCACUGGCUGGAUCCGGAGACCUUGCUCAUCUGCUGCCGGGUCUGCAAACAGUGGAAUAAGUUGAUCAACUCGUGCACGGAGGUGUGGCAGGGUGUGUGUCGGGAGCUGGGCUGGAGGAUCGAUGAGUCCAUCCCGGACGCGCCACACUGGAAGGCGGUCUAUUUGAAGGCCAAACUGCGCAUGGUGCAGCUGCAGGAUCAGGAGGCCUUUGAGACGUCGUCCCUCAUCGGCCACAGCGCUCGAGUAUACGCCCUCUACUACAAGGACGGCCUCCUCUGCACAGGAUCCGACGACCUCUCGGCCAAGUUAUGGGACGUGCGCACUGGUCAGUGCAUUUAUGGCAUUCAGACGCACACCUGCGCCGCGGUGAAAUUCGAUGAACAAAAGCUGGUGACCGGGUCCUUUGACAACACUAUUGCAUCCUGGGAGUGGAGCACAGGAGCUAAAAUCCAGCAGUUCCGUGGCCACACAGGAGCAGUCUUCAGUGUGGACUACAACGACGAGCUGGACGUGCUGGUCAGCGGCUCGGCAGACUUCAUGGUGAAGGUGUGGGCUCUGUCAGCCGGCGCCUGUCUCAACACCCUGACCGGACACACGGAGUGGGUCACCAAGGUGCUGCUCCAGAAGAGUGAGGUGGAGUCGGUGGUGCACAGUCCUGGUGACCACAUCCUCCUAAGUGCUGAUAAGUAUGAAAUAAAGGUGUGGCCCCUGGGCAGAGAAAUCAAUUGCAAGUGUCUGAAGACGCUGUCGGUGUCGGAGGACCGCAGCAUCGGCCUCCAGCCCCGCCUGCAGUUCGAUGGGCGCCACAUCGUCUGCAGCUCCGACCUCGGCGUCUACCAGUGGGACUUUGCCAGUUUUGAGAUCCUCAGGGUGAUAAAGACCCAGGACCCCGGCAACCUGUCCCUGCUCAGCUUCGGCGAGGUGUUUGCGCUCCUUUUCGACAACCACUUCCUGUACGUGAUGGACCUGAGGACGGAGGCUAUAUCGGGCCGCUGGCCCCUGCCGGCCUACAGGAAGUCCAAACGGGGGUCCAGCUUCCUGGCCGGCGUGACGUCCUGGCUCAACGGCCUGGACGGGGACAAUGACUCUGGACUGGUGUUUGCCACCAGCAUGCCCGACCAUAGCAUUCACUUAGUACUGUGGAAGGAGAACGGGUAGGGGCCAAGGGGGGGGGGGGGGGGGACCAAAGCGCCUGGUUUUUAUCCGUUCUCUCCUCCACACCAACACCAACACUUUGUCACAUGGGAGGAUGAACCGAGGCGCACGAUGAAGCCUCACGCGGAGAAACCGCUUUUAUGAAAGACAGCGUGACACAAAGAUUCUACAAUAAACUCCCCUGAUUUCAUCGUGGGGAUGGAGUCCGACUUUGAAGUCAUCUUUGACUCUGAUCUUUGUUUGUGAGCAGGACCCAGCAGCAGCAGUUCUCUCGUGAGUCAGUCGCUGCUGCUUGAACCUGGGUGUGAAUCACUGGACGCGCUGCUCCAGGGGCUUUAGGGGUCGGCUUGAGAAAUGUGACGUGCCUUUUCAGUUCAUUCGAUGUGACGCACCAGGCAUUGUAGAUCUUACCUUUUCCUUGAUUUCCUUCUUCAUAUUUAUCGUCCUAAGGUGUCCCUCAUUUUAUAGCUGUCCGCCCGACACAACGUGCUUUUACGAAUCACCGGCCGUGUAAAGACAUUGAGUUUAUUUUUCUAUGCGAUGCACAGCAGAGGGACUUGAGGUCGGCGAGCGGCCGGUUUCAGCACAAAGCUAAUCGGAUUUUUAGACUUCAGAUUGCAGGAUUUUCCUCGAGGCAAAAACCUUGUGAGAUCGCCAGUUCAACGUCGUGUCUCAAUUGGCUCAAUCAAAAUUAAGUGCUUUUGUUCCCGGACCUUUGCAUUGAACUCCACCCACCCCCGAGGAGGCCCCGCAUUGAAAUGUUGCAGGGCCGUUCCUUUUUCACGUGUACAGACUGUAACGAUGUUUCUCACUCACAUUACUGAACACAGCAGAUGUACAGACUGUGUGUGCAUUUAGGUUUUUUCAAAUCUAAUUAAAACACCACCAAUAUAUUGUAUUUUGUACUGUUGUCUGGCCAAUGCACCACAUGACACUCCUCCCUGCAGCACACAGUAGUACUGCUUGUGAUAAAUAUUAGGGAUGAGACAGAAGUUAUGUCUAACAAUAUAUAUAUAUUUCUUUUUUUAUAAAUGGUUGGAAGAUCCAUCAUGAUUGUCUUAAACAGUUUACUAGAAUGACUUUCUGUGUGGAGAUAAGCUGAUGAGGUAGAAAGUACUUGGUAUUAGUCCAAUCCUAGUUGCUAUGUGGCAAUGUUGCAGUCAGUCUGAGGAAGCUUCUUCACGGUUGUGAGUAUUUGUGAUGAUCUCCACCGUUGUCCUACUUCCUUUUAGAGGGCUCCCCAACACACAUGUGAGCACUUAGUUCUGUCCUCAUGGGUUUCCAGGUUUGGAACUACACUGGAUGCUGAAGGGUCUUGGUGCUGUGGCUCCAGCGUCACGGGAGCAAAUGGCUACAGGCCCGUCGCCCUGACCUCCCCCCUCCAAUCUAUCCUCUACCCCCCCCCCCCAGCCCACGGAGCCAGAGACAAAAGGAUCCCAGACUUCCUGACAGAGCAGGACAGCAGGUAAGGCCUCGCAAGACAUUUAAAAUGGGUCUUUUUAGUAUGACACUCAAUGAUUUGAUCUGUAAAGAAAAGCGUUCUGAAUAAAAUGUAUUAUCAAAACCUCA